GGGCGGGGCUUACCGUGCACACCUGACGGACCGUUUAGACACCGUCCCCCCCAGUCUGAGGAGACAGUUGUUUGGCUCUCUGGUGUCUCAGCAUCCAGCUUCGUUUGCUUCACAUUGGACUGGAAACAAAAUCUCUGCACAAAUUGAGACGUUAGCGCGAUGGUUGACAGCUGAAUCCCGCCAACUAGCCACACCUGAACUUCACAGGUGCACUGGUGCCUUUAGUCUCUACAUACACCUGUCCACACACAGGCUUUUCAUCCUGGAGAGAUUUCAAACCAGCAACCCCUGCAUACUGGGUGUUUUGAAUAGGAGUGGUGCUGAGCUGCUGCUGCUGCUGUGUGGAAAAUAAAGGAAAAUUUCAGGUAACAUGAUGGAGGUGGCAGGUAACUGGACGGAAAUGCUGGGCAGCUCCACUCUGACGCUGGCUCCUCUGGUAGCCGACUCGCCGUCCGUCCGCCGCUCCCAGCCCAUCCUCAUCCCCUCAAACAGGAUGAAGGGCAGGGAGGCGUUUUCAUCCUCGGUGCCCUCCAUACCUAACCCCUUUCCAGAGCUGUGCAGCCCCGCCAACUCGCCAGUGCUCCUCGGUUCACUUCCACCACAGUCAAGUGACAAACAUCUGAUAAAGGUGUAUGGAGAGGACAGCAACAGCAGGUCGGUGUGGGUCUCUCGCGGCGCCACGGCCAGACAGGUGUGCCACAUGUUGGUCCAGACGGCUCACUGCAGCGACCAGGAGAACUGGGCUCUUCUGGAGCACCAUCCCACGCAGGGCCUGGAGAGAUGCCUGGAGGACCACGAGGUUGUGCUGGAUGUUCAGGCAACCUGGUCUGUAAAAGGUGACACGAGAUUUAUGUUUUGCAAAAACUACGCCAAGUACGAGUUCUUCAGGAAACCAACGGUACCUCUUCUUCCAGAGAGCAUGAUCUCCGACAGCGCUGAUGUCAGCAAAGGGAUGACAUCAUCAGAGCUCAUUCAGAACCUGCUGAGGUCUGGGACGUGUCCUGAGAUCCAGGGUUUCCUGCAUGUGAAAGAACCCAGUCGAAAGGCCUGGAAGAAGUUGUACUUCUUCCUGAGACGCUCCGGGCUCUACAGCUCCACCAAGGGCUCGUCCAAGGAGCCUCGGCAUCUGCAGUGCGUAGCUGACCUGGAGGAUUUAAACGUGUACACUGUGGUGAACAGCCGUAAACUGUAUGGAGCACCUACAGACUUCACCUUCUGUAUCAAGCCUUGCAGAAAUCCCACCCGCGUUCAAGACCUGAAGAUCCUGUGUGCUGAGAACGAACGGAUACGCUCAUGUUGGACAUCUGCUUUCAGACUGUUUAAGCAUGGGAAGCAGCUUCAGAGUAACUACCAGCUGUCCAUGUCGGCUCUGAGAAGCUUGGAGGGCUCCAACCUCACAGAUGGCAAAUCAAAGUCAGAGGCUAGCCUGGUGGCCAUGGACUUCUCAGGGAAGGCUGGAGGACGGGUCAUCCAGAACCCGACGGAGGCCCAGAGCGCAGAGAGGGAGGAGGGACAGGCUUGGAGGAGGAGAGAAGCCCUGAGGUGCAGCCUGCCCAACUUAAGCUCGGCUGCCAAACCUUCCUCCAUCCACAAGACGCAGCCGUGGUUUCAUGGUGGCGUGUCUAGAAAAGAAGCAGAGAGGCUGAUAGAGAAGCAGGGGCUGGUUGACGGGAUGUUCCUGAUCCGUGACAGCCAGCAGCAUGAACAGUGCUUCGUCCUGUCGCUGUGCUACCAGCUGAAGACCAAACAUUACCUGGUGAUCCCGUGUGAGAAAGGAGGCAGGAAGUAUUUCACCAUAGACGACGGCGUGACCUUGUUCAUCGAUCUCCUGCAGCUGGUAGAGUUUCACCGAAUCAACCAAGGCAUCCUCCCUGUGUGCCUCAAGCACCCCUGCGUCUGUGUGGCUCUGUAGACCCACGCUGACCCACCUCCACCCGGCUGGUCGCAUUGAUUCCUGAAAUCUGAUGAAGAGCAAUGCCAUGAUGAAGCUGUCAGGGCUGCAAGAUGAACACUCCUGGGAAGUGCGAGCAGACAUGAAGCAUAUCAGCUGCUCCUCCUCUCUUCAGUAUUUUUAAUUAUUUUCCACAACACGUGCAGCUCCAGACAGAGGCUGGUUUUUAUUCUUAAUUAACGCACGUCAGUCCCCUUCAGAGACGGGUUAAUUAGCCUUGUUGGAUGGGCUUUUAGCGCUUUGGGGAUGUUUGGGGAAGGAGGACUGUUAACCUUACAUGCAGCAGCCGGCUGGAGAAGCUUCCUAUGAUGAAGCUGAAUCAGAGGUUGUGAGUGACUGUGGCCACCAGAGGGCGCUCUGAGCCUGUGGGGAAUUUAUCAGCCCUGCCACACAAGAAAGAAAAGCAUGUAUUGGCCUCCAGUUUGCAGUCAUGUAGCAUGUAAAUGUCCAGAAAAUUCUUUGUACGUUAUUUUUCUUAUUUGGACCGCAUUUGUUCAAAAGCAUCCAGCUUUAAUUCAUCGAAACACUGAGAAGUGAUUCACUGCUAUAUUUGCACGAAUUCCGGUGAGUGGGAUCUGCAUUGUCUUCUGUGUCAAAGCUGCAACAUUUUAAUGCCAGCGUGAACAGGUUUUAUGAGAUUACAUGUAAAGGAAAACUUGCUUUGGGUUUAUGAGGGUGAAAAUGAAGAUUGUAACAUAUUAAAGCUACUAAGUUGAAAUCAAGUAAAGAUACUGGAGAAACUA